AUGGCCGAUCCGCUGAAAUUGCUACAUGAAUAUGCUGUUGGCCGACGUACUAUGCGAGAAAUCAAAAAUGGCAAUCAGCGUUAUUAUGUAUUUGGUGAUGCAGCAUAUCGACGUGACGUAAAGACAAAUCUAAUGGUAUAUGGCAGACAGAAUGAAUAUUAUACGUUGGAAUCUUUAUUGCUACUAUGGGAAAAUCGAGAGAUGCAGCAUACUGCUUAUGUCAAGGAUGCUUCUGGUAAAGGAAUACAGUGUGUUACCAGGCCUGAUAGACGUGAACUUCUGGCAUAUCUCAAAGGCGAACGUGAACAACCACCACAAACAGUGGACUUACUGGCACCUAUCCCAGCACCGAUUCCUGUCUCUCGACUUAUUGAUCAGAAUGAACCGGAAGUGAAAAAAGCUCGUUAUGACGGUGAAGAAAAUCGGCAACGAAUACAAAAUCUGCUGAAGGGCACUGUAACGGAAAGUAACAAAAGUGCUGAUGUGGAAGGGGUAAGAGAUCUGAGUGACAAACUCACAGCUGACAAAAUUGCUGCUUUGAAAAACAAACGGAAAAAAAAUAUGGCAAGAAAUACAAUCAAAUCUGUAGAUGACAGAUUUGGUGCUCCGAUGGAUUUAGAUGUGCCAGAUGUAAGUGAAGAUGCUCUAGACCGUGAACUGAAAGGUAAAGAACGUGUAUGGAGAAAUCGAACAAGUGUUAUGGAAGCAGCAUCUAAAGAGUUCACUUCAAUCCUGUCUAUUUUACAUAGUUUUAAAUUGAGGGAAGAAGCUGCACAACGUCAAAAAUCAGCAGCACCUCCGCCAAGAACGGCAUCUAACGAUCGUACCAGGACUCAACCUGCUGGCUACUCACGUUAUGAUCAGGAAAAAUUUAACAAAGAUCAAACUGCUGGUUUCAAGAUCGAAACCGGGCUUACUUUCCAAGGAACAUCGAUAAUGUCCGCUUCGGGAGCGAAACCAAUGGUGGUGGAAUCGUCAGCGCCAGCAAAAGCCUUGACACCUAAUGCAGAUAAUGCUAAUCAGCGACAUCAAAAGCGGCAAUCGAGGACACCAAUUAUAAUUAUUCCAGCAGCUGGUACUUCCCUGAUUACCAUGUUUAAUGUUCGCGAUAUAUUACAGGAUAUGCGUUUCAUUACCACUGAGGAGCGAAAGACGACCUGCAGAAGAGAAAAUGAGGUCUUGAUACAAAGGCUGAAGCAUGACGGCGUUACAGUUCCAUAUAGAGUUGUUGAAAAUCCUUUAAAGUUUGGUGACGAUGAGUGGAGCCGUGUUGUUGCUGUUUUUGUUCAGGGCCCGGCAUGGCAAUUUAAAGGCUGGAGAUGGGGUGGUAAUCCUACAGAUAUAUUUGCAAAUGUAGCAGCUUUUCAUUUAAUGUACGAUGAUCAGAAAAUGGAUAAUAACGUGGCUAAGUGGAGUGUCAGUGUUCUAAAGCUAUCACGAACAAAGCGACAUUUGGAUCGUGCUAUAUUAGCUCGUUUCUGGGAAGCACUUGAUCGAUAUAUUAUCAAAAAUAAACCCCAUCUUAGGUAUUAA